UUUGGCCCAACCCACUACCGGAAGACUUCCUUAAUUUUCACCAGAGAUCAACAACGCAUUUAGCUAGCUAUGUAACUUCAUUCACCAUGCCAGAAGUACACUUUGAUUAGCCAGCAGAGAGACUACUACUCCAUCACUCCACUGUCCAUUCACUUCAGGUCUGGCAAAAGUAGGACCAAAGAAAUCUACGCUGCUAGCUAGCUAACCACAGUAUACGUCCCGGGACUCAAGUGAGAGGAGCAACAUGCCCAAGGACUCUGACAAACCUGGGGGUGGAGAGGACAGAACUGACUCCUCUGAACAGUCCCAUAGUAAGAGCGUCCGGAGAGGCACACCUAGUCCUCACAGAGGGAACACCCCACAAUCCAGCCCACCAAGAUUUGUGUCAGUGGAGGAGCUCAUGGAGACGGCGAAAGGUGUGACCAACAUGGCCCUGGCCCAUGAGAUCGUAGUGAAUAAUGACUUCCAGGUGAAGCCCUCAGAGCCAGCAGAAGGAAGUUUGGAAAAAAGAGUGAAGGAAAUUAUGCAUAAAGCAUUCUGGGACGUUCUAGAGGCACAACUGAGUGAGAACCCGCCAUCAUAUAAUCACGCCAUCAAACUUCUUGCUGAGAUCAAAGAGACUCUGCUGUCCUUUCUGCUUCCGGGUCAUGGUCGGUUGAGGGGGCGAAUUGAGGAGGRGCUAGACCUCUCUCUGAUCCAGCAGCAGGCAGAGAACGGAGCUCUGGACAUCAGUAAGGUGGUUGAGUUUGUCAUUGGUAUGAUGGGUUCACUCUGCGCUCCGAGCCGGGAUGAGGAAAUCCGGAAGCUUCGGGAAAUCACAGAUCUUGUGCCUCUGUUAAAGGCGAUAUUUCCAGUGAUGGAUAAAAUGAAACUUGAUAUGGCCAAUUUUGCCGUCAGCAGUAUCCGACCCCACCUCCUGCAGCAAUCCGUUGAGUACGAACGGAAGAAAUUCCAGGAGUUUGUUGAAAAACAACCCAACGCCUUAGACUUUACUGAGAAGUGGCUUCAAGACUCUGCUAAAUGUGUACUUCAUGAAGAUCAAGCGGGUGGGGCGGGUAGUUUACCCACUCCUCUCGCUGUGCACAACCAUGCUUACCUGCGUCUGCUUAAAUGGAACCACGCCUCUGAUCCUUUCCCUGAGACUCUUCUCAUGGACCAGGUGCGUUUCCAGGAAAUGCAGCAGGACUUGGAGCAGCUGGUUCUGGUGGCGUCUGUGCUACUCAUAGUGUACAACACCACGGGAGAGGCCAUCUCAGGCCUGCCAGGCCUUAUGGACAGACUGAAGAGGACCAUCGGGGUUCUGCUCACAGAGAUGCACAUGCCGUCUUUCAGUGCAGAUGAAGCCUUGGCUACCAUUGGAGAGAGGAUGUGUGUGGAGCUAAGUGGAUGUCUGUCUGAACAUGGCUUCUCCCCGUUCUCCACCAACCGGCAGAGCAUUCUAAAAGGCCAGAUCUCGGCUGUUACUCUCCCAGACAACGCCAUCCGCAGGCUUAUAGGCUCCCGCAUCCAGACUUACCUGCUUGCCUUCCUGGAGUCCAGUCACAGGAGUGCUCCAACCCUGCCAGGGGGCCUAGCUCCAGUCAGCAAAGAGCUGGAAGAGAUUGCCAUGAAGUUUGGCCGUCUGGUCCACUUCAACAAGUUGGUCUAUUCCCCUUUCUACCAAAAGAUCCUUCAGGAGAUUGUGCAAGAAGGAGAAAGUCAUGACACCUAGGCUUUAACACUGAACUGUUAAUUAAAAUGGGAUUACUGUAGGUUAUCCAUGCUUUCCAUUGUAUGGCUAAAGAUAAUGUAAUAAUGACAGUAUUGUACAAUGCCAGUAUUAAUUGAUAUGAAAAUACUUAUACACAAGCGCUGUUGCAUUCACAUGUUACUUAUUUGAUGAUGGUUCCUCUGUUUCUGGAUUGGUACGACAAACACGGGUAAAAAAAAGCAUAAUACAAAACUGCAUGUUUUCUUUUACUUGUAUUAAAUAAGGAGUUCUGUGAUAGCA